GCACUCACAGUGCCUCCGUUUUUUAGCAGUGCUUACUUCGCCGGUAUUUGGGCUUCAUUGCGGCAGUUUGAAUCAGAAUCUCAGUAAGCGAACAUCGUCAAGUGGAAGCAGCAAUCAUGCCAAUUGAAAUCAACACCCCCGAUAAGUUGGAGUACCAAUUCUUCCCGGCCAACGGAGGAGUUUUCACCUUCAAGGUGCGUUCUCCCAAGGACGCCCAUUUGGCCCUCACACCCGCCCCCGAGGAAAAUGGCCCAAUCUACGAGAUCUUCCUGGGAGGAUGGGAGAACACCAAGUCGGUGAUCCGCAAGGACCGUCAGAAGCCUGAGGUGGCUGAGGUCCCCACUCCCGGCAUCCUGGACGCCGGAGAGUUCCGUGGCUUCUGGGUGCGCUGGUAUGACAACGUCAUUACCGUUGGCCGUGAGGGAGACGCCGCUGCCUUCCUUUCCUACGAUGCUGGAAGCCUCUUCCCAGUCAACUUCGUCGGCAUCUGCACGGGAUGGGGUGCCAGCGGAUCCUGGCUUUUGGACGAUUCUGCUCCUUCGGCGCCCGCCAUUGGCUUCUCCGCACCCACUGGAAGCGGACCAGGAUGCUGGGUGGCCGCCGCCAAUGGCGAGGUACCCCCCAACGCCCUGCAGGGAGGAUUCGACAGCAGCGAGCAGCUGUACAUCGCCCGUGCCCGUCACGAGGGUGACCUUAUUCCCGGCAAACUGCAUCCCUCCCAUGGUGUUACCUAUGUGGCUUGGGGAGGUGGCGAACACGGACACGGCGAAUACGAGGUGCUGUGCGCCGCUGGCGGCCAAUGGGUGCCCGUUGAGGACGGAAACAUCCCGCCAAACGCUGUGCCCGCCGGCGAGACAGCCGAGGGCGAGCCACUUUUCAUUGGCCGUGCCACCCACGAAGGAACCAUCACUGUGGGCAAGGUGCAGCCCUCUCACGGAUGCUGCUACAUUCCCUACGGCGGUGAGGAGCUGGCCUACAAGGAGUUCGAGAUAUACGUGGCCAACUAAACCACGGAUCGACUGUCCACACUAAAUCGCACUGAACCACAAUUGUUAAUCUGAGCGCUUUACAGUUCAACUGGUCGCAGAAAUUUUAUUUAUAUUUGCAUUUCUACUCAAUACUGUUGAUGAAUCUCUAUUCGAUGCCGAAAAGGUUAUUACUUUGUUCACCCAAAUUGGUUAAUAAACAAUAAAUAUAUUUAAGAAAGUAA